AUGAAUGGCGCGUGUGAUUAUCUGGUAAAACCCGUAAGAGUCGAGGAGCUGAAGAAUAUAUGGCAGCAUGUGGUGAGGAAAAAGUUGAAGAAGAAUAAGAAUGUUGAUAAUAAUAAGAUUGUUAAUCAUGUUGUGGGUGAAUCUCAUGUGGAGAUGAAAGAAGCUUCCAAUAAUAAUAGUGUUUGUUUUAAUGAAAACCCGAAUAAUGACAAAAGGCACACCCGUGAUGAGGUGUCGUCGAAGCAGAAGAAGCCACGUGUCGUCUGGUCGCAAGAGCUUCACCGCAAAUUUGUUGCUGCCGUUGAUCAAUUGGGAGUCGACAAAGCUGUGCCGAAACGGAUCAUGGAGCUUAUGAAUGUAGAAGGUAUUUCGAGGGAACAUGUUGCGAGCCAUCUCCAGGCAAAAUCUCUUAUCUCAAAAUACAGAAUGCAUCUGAGAAGGUCAAAAGACGAGGCCGCAGGCCCACAACAAGCAAACAACGCACCAUUAUCGUCAGACGUGCCAUCAUUUAACAUUGCUUAUAAUAAUAAUUAUGAUAAUCAACACAUGAUUAAGAGUGGAAAACGACAAUGUGUUGUACCUUGUCCAACUUCUUCAAUGGCCAAUCAUCAUCAUCAAGAGAAUGAUAAUCGACGAACCCUUCGACUGUUGGUUCCAUUUCGUUGCAUGUGCUUCAAAAUAACAGCUCGGGACAUGGACAAGGACAAGCUAGCUGCCCGAAAUUCGAAUGAAUUAGGCAUGACAGUGAUAAAUCGUGUAAAUGAAAUGUAG